AAUAAUAGGAUACAGAGAAGAAGCAGAUGAUGUUAUUUACUUGAAUUACAAUUCAAGAAAUGAAUUAACAGAAGAGAUACCAGCUAAACAAUUGCUAGCUGCUAAUCCCAUUUUACUUGAAUUAUUCAACUAUCAGCAUGAUGUCACAUUAGAGACUCGAGUAGAAAAGAGAAUUGAUAAAGUGGAGUACAUCCCAAGAAGAAUGCAAAUGAUGAUCGUUGAUUAUUUUGAAGUAAACCACAGUAAAGACGUUUUAAAUAGAGAAGAGAGAACUGUGGUACUUAUGCACACACACACAUAUACACAGUUAACGUUGGUAUGCAAUUAAUCGAAAGCAUGUUUAGCACUGGUAAAAGACCGCCCAGUGCUUUACUAUUGGCCUUGGUCAACCUCAUGUUACAACCUAAAGACAGCUUUAGAAGCAAAGAAACACAAGUUACACACUGGACACAUUGUAAACAAGCGCAUAUGCUACUCAUGGACAUUUUGACCCUAUUUGGACCAAAUAUAUAUAAGCCAGUAUGGAACGAAUUUAUGUAUUUUAAUACAUCGUGUUCUCAGCAGAGCAUUGAAGAGGAGGAUGAAAGCAGCCAUUACGAACUGUUGAAUACCAAGGAGCUGUCCCAUUAUUUUGAUUUCUGGGACUAUACGGAUAAACUACUGAAUCAUUCGAGUUUAACAUUGAAUGAUAGAUGUCGUACACUUGUGCUCGACUUUUUAAUUAAUGUUCUGCAGGCAGAUUUGAAAGAAAAGUUAAACGAUGAGAAAAAAGUAGGAAAGUCAAUCCUGUUUGGAACCCUGUCGACAGAUUCUAUGUUAUCAUGCACCAAGUUUGACAAAUACCUUGAUAUUUUACUAAAGAAUUAUCCAAACAAGAAUGACAACUUGACACAACUGGUUGGAAGCUUAUUGAAUAUGUUGAUAACUAUAUCCUGUUUUGAGAGGAUAUCAAGUUUCGACAGCCUUGUAUCUCAAAUGUAUUCAAGAUUUCAAAAAAUGGACCCUGACACAUCACUACAGUUUAUGCAGUCGAUUAAAUACCCAUCGUUUCUCAUUGCGCUGCUAGACAAAGCUCUAUCAGAUACGAACAUUUCACUUGUAGAUAGUGCUCAUAAAAAAUUCCGCAAUAAGAAGCAUGUGCCACUACGUCUGGAAAAGGUCUUGUUCUACGUCCUAAAGACACAGCCCAUCUCCUGUGACUCGAUCGAUGCGCUCUAUAAACAUGUUCUUAUUGUGUCAAAAUACUGUAUGUGUGUGUUCUCGACUGCAUCCAUCUGCCAUAAGAAGCGAUCAGGAGAAAAGAAUACGGCUCUAUCAGAGGAGCAACUCAUCUUGCUUAUUGAACAACAGCACGCUUCACUAGACGAAUGGGAAACACUUAUUGAAGAGCUUUUGGCGAAAUUCAUUACAGCUGAUUUAAAUCUUAUAGAAAAGAUUCGAUGGGCUAUAAAGUUGACUAGGCUGACAAUUACUGAAUAUGUUUGAAGAAGGUUAAUAAUUGAAUAAAAAUAAAUUAAAAAGGCCUAUGGACGCG